AUGGCGGGGCCCCCGGCCCUACCCCCGCCGGAGACGGCGGCGGCCGCCACCACAGCGGCCGCUACCUCGUCGUCCGCUGUCUCCCCGCACUACCAAGAGUGGAUCCUGGACACCAUCGACUCGCUGCGCUCGCGCAAGGCGCGGCCGGACCUGGAGCGCAUCUGCCGGAUGGUGCGGCGGCGGCACGGCCCGGAGCCGGAGCGCACGCGCGCCGAGCUCGAGAAACUGAUCCAGCAGCGCGCCGUCCUCCGGGUCAGCUACAAGGGGAGCAUUUCGUACCGCAACGCGGCGCGCGUCCAGCCGCCCCGGCGCGGAGCCACCCCGCCGGCCCCGCCGCGCGCCCCUCGCGGGGGCCCGGCCGCCGCGCCGCCGCCCACGCCCGCCCCGCCGCCGCCGCCCGCGCCCGUCGCUGCCGCCGCCCCAGCCCGGGCGCCCCGCGCGGCUGCCGCGGCCGCCGCCACCACAGCGCCCCCCUCGCCCGGCCCCGCGCAGCCGGGCCCCCGCGCGCAGCGGGCCGCGCCCCUGGCCGCGCCGCCGCCCGCGCCCGCCGCUCCGCUGCCAGUGGCGCCUCCGACCGGCCCGCGGCGCGCCCCCCCUCCCGCCGUCGCCGCCCGGGAGCCGCCACUGCCGCCGCCGCCACAGCCGCCGGCGCCGCCACAGCAGCAGCAGCAGCCGCCGCCGCCGCAGCCACAGCAGCCGCCGGAGGGGGGCGCGGCGCGGGCCAGCGGCCCUGCGCGGCCCGUGAGCCUGCGGGAAGUCGUGCGCUACCUCGGGGGCAGCGGCGGAGCCGGCGGCCGCCUGACCCGGGGCCGAGCGCAGGGGCUGCUGGAGGAGGAGGCGGCGGCGCGAGGCCGCCUGGAGCGCUCCCGCCUCGGAGCGCUCGCGCCGCCCCGCGGGGAUAGGCCUGGACGAGCGCCGACGGCUGCCAGCGCCCGCGCGUCGCGGAGCAAGAGAGGUGGAGAAGAGCGACUGCUCGAGAAGGAAGAGGAGGAAGAGGAUGACGAAGAUGAAGAUGAUGAAGACAAUGUGUCUGAGGGCUCCGAGGUCCCCGAGGGUGACCGUCCUGCAGGGGCCCAGCAUCACCAGCUUAAUGGUGAGAGGGGCCCUCAGAGUGCCAAGGAGAGAGUCAAGGAGUGGACACCUUGCGGACCUCACCAGGGCCAGGAUGAAGGGCGGGCACCAGCGCCCGGCAGUGGCACCCGCCAGGUGUUCUCUAUGGCAGCCAUGAAUAAGGAAGGGGGAUCAGCCUCUGCUGCCACUGGGCCAGACUCCCCAUCCCCCGUGCCUUUGCCCCCAGGAAAACCAGCCCUGCCUGUGGCCGAUGGAACCCCCUUUGGCUGUCCUUCUGGGCGCAAAGAGAAGCCAGCUGACCCUGUAGAAUGGACAGUGAUGGACGUGGUGGAAUAUUUCACAGAGGCUGGCUUCCCAGAACAGGCCACAGCUUUCCAAGAACAGGAAAUAGACGGCAAGUCUCUCCUGCUCAUGCAGCGGACAGAUGUGCUAACCGGCCUGUCCAUCCGCCUUGGCCCAGCUCUGAAGAUCUACGAGCACCACAUCAAGGUGCUCCAGCAAGGCCACUUUGAGGAUGAUGACCCUGAUGGCCUCCUAGGCUGA